AUGAUCGCAGUCUGCGUCACGGCUGAAGUCCCAGAAGGAUACGAUUCCGGCCCCGGUGAAGAUGAAGACCUGCAGCCUGAGAGACCAAAAGUUCAGUCUCUUAAGGUGACUGAAGAUGUCGAACCAGGCAGCAUGGCAGAGGCAGGGCCGGAGCUGCCUGUAGAGACUGACCAAGAGCCACAAUCAGAGACGGAAGAAGAGGGCUUCCAAGAGGAGACACCAGCGAGUGCUAAGAAUAUACACCUACGUCUGAAACCCACCUGGACGUCCGAGGAAGAGGCUCCCCACAAGUCCAAGACAGACCUUUCUAGCGAGAUUGAGCUAGGGAUUCCCAAAGAGGUAAAGUCGGAGACAUCCAGACAGAUAAAAGUAGAGCUUUUCAAGGAUUUGGAGGUCCCUGUGGACGAAAAGCGUGGGGAGCCAGAGGAGGAAGCCAAACCAGAUGUCGCAGAGGAUAUACGCAUAGAGGCAGCUAAGGAAACAGAUCUAGAGCUACGAAAGGAAACCGAGUCUGAGGCUCCAGGGGCCACAAUCAGUGAGACAAGAUUAGAGUUACUAGAGGGGACGAAACCAGAGGUUUGGGAGGAGUCACUUAGAGAGCAAUAUGGAAAGACAAGUCUGGAACCUACAGAGCCGACCAAACCGGAAUUUCCAAGUGAGAAACCAAGAAGAUCAAUUGAAGAGGCAGAUCUGCAGCCACCAAAGAUGACCACACCAGAGAUUCCAGAGGAGACACAAAGUAAGUCACCUGAGGAGAAAAGGACAGGGCCACCUGAGCAGGCCAUACCAGAGUUUUCAGAAGAGAAACCAAGUAUGUCUACUGAGGAAACACAAAGAAAGUCAACUGAAGAGAAAAUUCCAGAACCACUAGAAGAGAUUGAAUCAGAGUUUUCUGAGGAAAAAUCAAGAAAACCAAUUGAGGAAACAGUUCUAGAGCCAUCAGGAAAGACCAAACCAGAAGUUCAAGAGGAGACACAAAGAAAGUCAACUGCAGAGAAAGUUCUAGAGCCACCAGAGGACACCAAACCCCCAGAUCAAAAAGAUAAGCAGAAAAAAUCAACUGAGGAGACAGGUCUAGCACCAUCACAGAAGUCCAGAUCAGAGGAGACACUAAGAGAGUCAACUGAGGAGAAAGUUCCAGAGCCACCAGAACAGAGUAAACCAGAGUUUCCAAAGAAAGAACCGAGAAAGUCAACUGAAGAAACUGGUCAGGUGCCACCACAGAAGAUCAUACCAGAGGUGCAAGAGAAGACACAAACAGAGCCAACUAAGAAGAUAGAUUCAGAGUUACCAUAUAAAGCCAAACCACUACUUAGAAUAGAGACACGUGUAGAAUUUGCCAAGGAAGAUAGGCCAGAACCAAUCAGACUUAAGCGUUCUGUAGACAGGGAUGAGCCAGAGUACUCUGACUAUCAAACAAGAAAGUUGUUAGUAAAAGAAACUAAAGAUGUUUCAAAAGACUCUGUGUUAGAUUCUCUUCCAAUAAGUGAAGUAGACUCAGUGAAUACAGAUUAUGAGUUUUCUAAAAAGCUCCAAAAUCUGUUUCAGCUUUCUGAUACCAAUUAUGAAUUCUACUCAUAUUACUCUGAGUCUCAGAGGGAUUUAAAAGAGUCCUCUAAUGAAAAGAAAGGUCUGUCCCCAGAGUCAAUGACACUGGUACCUAAAGAUAAAGAAACCCAGCCAAAAAAAAGUACUGACCUACAAUUUGAGUAUCUUGAAUGGAGCCCAGAGAAAGUUGCAGAGUGGAUUUGCCAGCUAGGCUUCCCUCAAUACAAGGAGUGUUUUACCACAAACUUCAUCAGUGGCCGAAAACUCAUCCACGUAAACUGCUCAAACCUCCCUCAGAUGGGUGUAACAGAUUUCGAGGACAUGAAGGUAAUUUCUCAGCAUACCCGGGAGCUGCUGGGAAUUGAAGAGCCAUUAUUCACACGCUCCAUCAGCCUUCCCUACAGGGACAAUAUUGGCUUAUUUUUAGAGCAAAAAUGUCGUAGUGGAGUUAAAUCUGAUUCCUUGACCUUGUCUGAAUUUGUGCAAGCAGUGGGAUUACAGGAUUAUGCUCCAGAAAUAACCACCCCUGAAGAGGAUGCAGCAUUAUAUUCCAUUGAACCAUAG